AUGUGUGCCUGGCACAGAUCAGCACUCGCAUCACAGGACUUUGGCACAGAUCUCCGUAGCUGUUGGACGGGGCUUCAAGAUCUUGAAGAUCGACCCAUCUGCGAUCCCCGGUCAAUUGCUGAUCUUGCCCAGGACGUUGCUGGCAUUCAUGCAGAGAAAGAUGAAACCGGGAAGAGCGGCUCCGCCAUUGUGACGAAUAUGCGGCGAUUCAUCAUCAAAAACUUCAAGGCAAAACGGGGGGGUAAUGCCUACUGUGGGGAUGAAGGUGCAGGAAGAGAUCAGAAAGCACGGAGGCUUCGAAAGGGCUGUCGCUGGUGCUUGGCUCUGCAUACCAGCCUAGAAACAGACUCUUCAUGCGACGGGGCGCAGGCUGCUACAGAACUGGGCACCUUGGCUGAAGGCUCAACAAUCCAUGUCCUGAGCGCGAGUGAAUACAAUCCAAGGAUCGCACCGAUCUGUGCCGUGUUGGACCUACCUGACAUCAACAGACGCGUGCAUUGGCAGCGCAGCUGCAGCAGAAUGACGGCUUUUCGUUUCUGCGGUUUUCAUCUGCUCUGCAACAUUGAAGAGAUGUCCUCAAGGAGUGUCAUGCGGAAGGUCGAGCUGCCGCCGGCCUUCGGGAAGCGCACUUCAGCUAAAGUUCACAUGAGCUCUCACAUGUGGCACUUGGAUACCGAGAACGAUGAGGUAGAUUUCCUGGACCUCAAAGGCCCCAAAUUCUGCGGAAUCCGAGAUGGCAAAAGCUACUUCGGUGACAGCGUUGUUUGGCAUCGAAAGGAUGCUGGCUUCACGUCACUAUUUCCUUCUGGCCUCCCUUUGCGAGCUUGUGGCAGCCGAGAAGCUGCAGCUACGCUAGAGAUGGACUCCGAGCUUCUUCGAGACUUAGACAUGACAGACUACUCGCUCUUCCUCGUGCCUUACGAAAUACCGUCCAACACGACGUGCCUGUGCCAGCAUCAGUCGCCUCAUUGGCCUUUGCUGCUGGAUGCGGACAGCAACUAA